CAUAAUGUAAGUGGCGCUUGCCUCUUACCGUUGCACCUGAUUCUGACAAGUUGAAGAAGCUCUUCUUCAUCUCGACGCCAUCCCAGCGUCAAUCUAUAUCCUACUGGACGCUCUCUUUGGCAUCCUCCUCUCUAAGCAGAGAGGCUCGCAUCUGGAGCCUCUUCAUCACCUUCCCGUUGUCUCAGACCACCUGCUAAUACUGCUGCUUCGAACCAGCCUCUGCCAAAGCCCAUACCCACUCAACGCCGCGGGCCAUUUCAAAGCCUCCACUCUGUCGCGUCGGUGCCUUGACACCUGCACAUCUUUUUGUCGACCCGCCAGCCACUAAUACGAUAUCAACCGGUCAUGUCCUGACUGUCUCUACGCGCCACGUUUGUUUUCCUCUUUGCGAAAUCAACCUCGCACCGGAAGUCUGUCAAUCUUUCUAUCAAUCCCUCCACAACUGCACGGCACUUCACUGCACGCCGCCGAUUUCCUCAAAUCCAGCCCUCGCCGCUGCCUCUGCACGCCAUCCUGGACCCAGACCCUCUCCUCAAUUGACACCGACGACAAGGCCAUUUAUCUCCCACUGGUCCUGACAACAGACCAUCUUCUUCCUCUCCCUCAUUUCGGCUUUCUGUUCUCCUCCCGCCCCACGUCAUCUUCGCAUCCUUCGACCUAUACCUACCACCAACCCCUCCACAUGUCGACUCGAAGCUGAAUGAAUCCUCCUCUCAAUACUUCUACUGUUUGAAGCACUCCUACCAUGCCUGAUGGGACACAAUCCAAGACUUGUCAUGACUUGUGUAUAAUCGUACCCCUCCUGGGAAUGCAAGCGCAUCUGAGCCAUGGAUACGGGCCUGAGAAGAUUGUGGAUUCGCAGAAGGAGCAAGGGUCAUGACAGUUCCGCUGAUCCAACCCUGAAGAACCUGCGAAUCAAUCACUCAAACCACAGCAGUCCACUCAAUCCAGCAUCCCAGACUGUACCUCAGUCUACCGGUCCAUCCAUACGCAAUGGCUCAUCCAAACUCCUCCACCAAGCCAGCACUGACGCCUUCCGCCCUUCCUCGGGUAACAGGAAGCAGCCAAUGUUGGUCGGUGUCUCGAGACCGUCUACGGCUCCUUCCAGGCCAGGAACUGCUGGAAGCGGCAGCCUCAUGACCGCCGUGAACCGUGCCGCCGAUUCCGUUGUUGUCGCCCAACCCGAACAGGACUAUAAGCGACCGACCGAAAAGUACUCGAGAGAUCAGAUGCAACCCAAAUCGCCCAGAUCAGUCGAUAUCUUUUCCAUCUCCAAACCCGCCAGCCCACGUGUCUAUAACGAAGACAUUGCCGAGAGGAACCUCGACUUCAGUCGCAUCGCCCAUACAAGUCCCCGCUAUCCUUACCGAGAAUCCGCGAAGUUUCAAGAGGAUGUCGCAGCUCGUAAUGCUUAUCCUCCUCUCCCCGGCGACAUUGUCGAUUUGUCCCGUUCUUCCUAUCCCAUCUAUCUGGACGAUCGAGAUCCAAUCGCAAUCAAUUCCACAAAGCGAACGGCCCUGGAUCAACGCGGAGGCCCGGUCCUGAUCUCUGACGAGGAUCCCUUUGUCGGCUUCUCAGAUUUCUCCCCUUCUGUCUCUCAACACUCACAAGCCCAUACCGACAGCAACUAUGGUCCCCCACCUCCCAGAAGCUCUCACAACGAAUCUUUUAUCUCUUCACCAGCCCGGCCUCUCACCAGCGAUCAUAUCGACAGGGUCAAUGGCCACUUACCAGGUGAAAAGACUUCUAGGUCAUUUGCCAAAGUCUCGUCGUACCCUCACCGACAGCUCGUUGGACCUCAUACAUUACACAGUGGUCGCUCUCACGAAGCCGCUCGCAGUGAAAGUCUUCGUAAUUAUGUCCUCUCCCAAUCAGAGUUAGUCCAGUACCAUUCAGCCACCUCCAACUCUCGACGCCCCGUCACCAGGCCAGAUGAAAAUGGGGAGUAUGCUCAUGGCUCCGAGCGUUCGGGACGACCUCCGUCUGCCAUGAGCAACACCUCUUCCGUCAAGAGAACCAUCAAUCUGACAAACCGCACCAUCAUGGAUUUGACUGGUGACGAUUCCGAAGUUUUUUCAGAGCUAUCUCCCGAGUCUACCUACAGUUCAAGUCCCAUAUUGGAGAGUGCCAAAACUGACACCAUGAAAAGAAUGCACCCUGCGGUGGUGUCCCCCGUUAUCAGGCAUGACCCCAUGGGACAGCCCAACUCCUUCAGGUCACCAGACAUGUUUGAAGGCACCGUUCCAAAUGUCCCUGUCCAAGCCCCUGACGCUUAUGUGUCUCAAACACCUCGGAAACUUGUUUCAGAUCAGCCGGGGCCCAACCAGGGUGCACCUUCGAACUCGGUGACCAUCGCUUUCUCCCCCAUCAAUACCAUCGCCACUUUCGAGCCUCGGAAGAGUAUAUUUAUUGACCAGCAGCUCAUGGACGAUCUUGCUCGUGAACUUCCAUCCGUCAACUCCGUGGAGUCUAAUGGCCAAGACCCACUCGUUUCGAAUGACGCAAGAGAAUCCGAGGUGUCCCACCAGCUCCAACACCCAAUCACAACAGAAGAGCAUUCGCCUGUGAGUGGAACUACAUCAGAGAGCCUGGGAUCGAUGCCAAAUGGUGUGAAUGGCCUAAGCGAUGGAGACAAUAACCCUGUUAGGAACAAGAGCAUUUCCAAUCCCACAGACGUCGGCACACAAGACCACACCGAAGUUCCGGAUGCCUUAGUUACGCCUCAAAGUCAACCGGUCAUUCAAAUGACACCUGAAAGCCUUCAUUCCAUAGACUUUGUCGAUCCGAGUAGAAGCUUCGGCGUGACCGCUCGGGAUUUUGCAGUCACCCCCAGCAAGCCUAUCUUGGAAAGUGUUCCCGAAGAUUUUGAGCCCAGCCUGCAGAACAAGCCCAAGCGGCCAGCUCAAGUGACCACAGCAAGCCGGACAACAAGUCACGAUUCUGCUCAUUCAAAUCGCAAGGUAGCCAAGGCACCGGCCAUCUACCGAUCGACGUUCGACGAAGCGGAAUUCGCCCAGAAGCAGGCAGACGCAAGAGCAGCUUUGGUCCGUCUUCAGCAGAGCUUGAAUGAGAAUUUUCUCUCGCAGCCUCACCCUCCGCCAGCGAAGCAGCCUUCCAGGACCCAACGGCAUCAUUCAUCCCUGAGCGACGGCAAACCUGUUGCCCCAUCUUCCAUCUUUGCUCAGGCCAGGACUACUUCACCGACAUCCACCGACAAGAGGAACAGCGCCGCGACAUCAGCUUCUAGCGAUGACGGCAGACCGCGGACUUCCUAUCACAGCCUCACCACCAGUGUGAACUCGAAUAUGGAUCCAAACUCGUCAGCCCCUGGCACAAACUAUCGUCGGACUACUCAAGACAAACCGCGGAUCCAGCUGGACACGAAUGGUCCUGGUCCUUCGAUUCUCAAUGAUGGUCAAGAUAUUGAUUCGGCUCGUCCCAAUGUGAACGGUCAAGUCCUGCCUCGAUAUCUGAACCACGCACCAGUGCCACCAAGUCCCGGCGAGAUAUCCUUGUCGAGUUUUCCCAUACCAUUGUCUUCACCAAGACAGUCGUUUAGACAAGACCGAGAUUCGCCGGACAUGUCGCGACAAAGCGGCAGCCAUCAAUCACAGCAUAGCAACACAAAUAGUGUUGUCAUGUCACGGCAGCUGAAACGACAAUCGAGCGUCCGAAGUCAGGCCAGUAGUGCUUCAGCUUUCAGCAUUCCUUAUCAUAUGAUUCCUGAUCGAUCCAGUAGUGCACGUGAUCGAUCGGUUCUGGAAUGAGGGGGAGAUGUUUUUGCAUGGCGCAGAAGCGUCGAUACCCUGCUCUACCUUGGGUUCCGGGUUCAUGGGAUCUAUGCCGGAAUUGAGGUCUCUACUAUUUCGGUGGCGGCGACGUCCUUUUUGGUUAGGCUUACGGAUGGAAUGGAACGAUGGGGUGGGUGGCUUAUCUAGACGGAGGACACGAUUACUUUACGUGAAUUGAGUCACAUUUGAAGCCAUUUAACGAGAAGAUUCAGAUAUUUACAGUUUGCAAUCUACGAAUGACAUGAUGUUCUCU